AUGAUCUUCUUCACAUAUUUCCUAUCUUAUUCUCAUCUACGGCCACCAUCGCUCCCCCUCAUCUCCUCCACCUCCUCCCCUCUCCCGGACCUCGACUCGGCCGCCCUCGCCACCACCUCGACGCUCUCGCCCUCUCCCCGCCGUCCCCGCCGUCCCCGCCGCUCUCACCGUCUGCCGGUCCUCACCGGUCUCGCCCUCUCCUCGCCGUCCCCGCCGUCCCCGCCGUCCCCGCCGUCCCCGCCCUCUCUUCGCCGUCCUCGGCUCCUCAACGCCCAGCAGGGCAUUCACAUACAAGGUAAGUGCACUCCUUCCCCUCUACCCUUCCCUCCUCUCUACUCCGAUACCUUCUCCUCCUCCAAACUGGUCCGUCACACCCAGUUUUCCGCGAUGGCCCCGGUGAGCCUUAUCACUACUUCUCGGGCAACGAAGCCGGACUCCUAA